UAUUUUUUUACUUCUUAGCGGAUCUACUUCAAAUUGUCACAUCAUAUUAAUAUGAUAACGUCCAUAUAAUAUAUUUUCCUUAUUAAGCAGGGGAAACUUAACACAUUUAUUAAAACAGACAAACUAAGAACUCAAAAGUUCAUUCAUGUCCACCACAAUGGCAUAAAUGAAUGAUCAUGGCCCUUCAAAAUGUUGCUGACCUACUUCUUGUGAGAUUCUAACCGGUAUGGGGACCUUUGUCUUGUUUGCAACAUUUUGAUAAUUGUGUGUUAAUAUAGGAAAAGCUUUAAAAUUCUUCUUAUCCCAAACUCCAAUGCCUAUCUCAUAGAUAUUUGGUGUGUAGCAUUAUCUUCAGAGUUUCUUGGGUCGUCCCUUGUAUCACUUGAUUUCACAUACAAUCUUAUGGGAAAAUCUUUUAAUAUUUUUAUCAACUAAAGACGGCCAAAUAAGCAUGUUCAUGGGUUCUUCUUUCAAAGACUUUUUCUUCAAAUUGCAUGGCAUUUAUUCAAUAUAAUACAAUAAUCAGUAUUAUGGCAAACCAUCAACUGCAUGGGUUGAAACUUGGUGCCUAUGAUUUAAGAUACCAUAAACUAAACGUCUACCUUUACAUUCGUUCAACGAUUCAAUCACAAAAUGAUCAUAUUAUAGAGGAAGGUCUUACAACUGUUUAUUACUAGAAUGACAGCUUUGCUAAUUACCAAAACAAAACACUACGUGAUUGUUGGCGAUACGAAGUUCAGCAUGUCAAUUUAUUAGUCAAUUUAUAAGACAAAACGACUGUAUAUGACACAAAUAUGGUAACGCGAUGGGGAUAAAUUAUUAGACCACGUGACAUGAACUGACAAGGUAAAUGUAGAUAUAAUCAAUUAGUGAAGUCAUGAUAAAUUUUCGGUCCUUUUACCACUAAUUGUCACAAUGAAUAUAUUUCAUUUUUAGUUGUUGUAUGAGAAAAUGGUUUAGCUUGUAAGUGAUGUGAACUUGCAGUUCAAGCAUGUAAAACUACACGAUUUGACUUGUUGACUAACAUAACGGACAAAUACUAGGAACAUUUAGUAAAAAGACGCGAACGGAACUUUUAGAGUUGAAAAUGAAAACGUACAUGAAGGAGUAAAAAUUGUAAAUUCCACUGAUAAUGAAAAUGUAUUAUUGUAUAAACUUAUAAUUAAGUGCGUUUUGAAUUUGUAUAUCACUAUUGAGUAUAUUUUAAAGAAAAAAAAAGUACAACUAAAUAAUUUUAGAAUCGAUUAUCAAAAUAUUUUAACAGGGCUAUUUGCUUGUCAAAAAAUGAAAGACAAUAAAUUGCUGUAUAAGAAUAAGAAAAUUUUCAAUCGAUUUUAUUUGACGAUAAUUUUAUUUACAACUUUCACUGAUAACGGAUAUUGUCAACCCGAAGCAUAUAAAGGACACGAUGGAGUUGGUGUUAUAUUUACUAACGCUACUGAUCAAUUACUCCAGUGCAGAUAUCCGGACUAUUUCAAUAUACGUAUGGCAUUGUCUGGACAAGAUGAAAUGAUCGUUUAUUUAAGGAAGCAACCCCCAGCUUUAAACAGAUUUCCACCAGCAUAUUUACUCAGUAGACUUCCAAGAAAGGACGACUAUACAGAAACCAGGAAACAGAAUAUUAUCAGGUACAUGAGUACUUCUCCAGACAGUCAUUUCAUAGUUCAGUGUGAUCAUGAUAAGAAAUCCACAGACUUUCAUCUUUCUGGUGUUAUUUUAUACAAAGGUAGUGAAUUUGUCAUACAGACAAUAAAACAGUCAUCAAAAUUUGGUAUAAUACUUACACGAUGGCAUCAGAUUAAAGAUAUCCCUCGCACACAUGACUACAUAAUAUCAGAGAAAUCCAGGUUUCCCGCUGUCCAGGAAACAGUACAUUUGUCACGUGAUCGUCGCGAGGUGAUGCGCGUGCAUGAUGUGCUCACGUUUACUAUAGACGUUUUAGUCGUUGUUGAUUUCAAUAUUUAUACGAAAUGGAUGUCGAACGCUGCUGGUCGUAAUUUGAAGGAAAAAUCUCUCCAUGCAAAGUCAGAAAUCCAGAAAUACUACCUUCAUGUGAUAAAUGGGAUUGAUCUUCGGUAUCAAAGUAUAGGAUUUGAAGAUUUCCAAAUUAGAAUCAGUGUGUCAGGAAUUGUUAUUAUUGACAAACAUACGUCAGUGAAUGGCUCCACAUUUAAUCCUCCACCUACCAGCAACACUUCACUGAAUGGGACACUUGAAAUGGAUGCUGAUACGGCCUUAAAAAUGUUUCGAACAUGGGUGAAUGAAACAAAGGGACUUCCCGACCAUAGUCAUGCUAUUCUGUUUACAGGGUAUGAUUUGUACAGCUUGAAGACUAGUGAGGAUAAACAGAAACAAUCACAUACUUCAGGACUAGCUUUUAUUGGAACACUGUGUGAACCGGGUGAUAGCGUUUCUAUUGUUGAGGAACAGGGAGGGUUUCAAAGUAUUGGAACAGCAGCUCAUGAACUUGGACACAGUCUUGGGGCACUCCAUGACGGAGAGAACAAUACAUGUCACUCUGUGGAUCGAUACAUUAUGGCUGCAUCAGGUUUCGGACCAGUUCCAAACAACAAAAAAUAUCAUCCGUGGAUAUUCUCCCGUUGCUCUGUAGACUACUUCAAAGAAUUUAUUACUUCUUUAUUAUUAGAAGGAUCAACAUGUUUGACUUCUAAAAGGCCAAAUGUUACUGAUAUAUUAGAAGUGGUAAACAGCACACUAGAUCUACCAGGACAAGAUUAUACACCAGAUGAUCAAUGUAGAAUGAUUUGGGGACCAACCUCUUACUUAUGUCGGGGUUCCGAGUUUGGUAACGCCAGUACAAUAUGUACAGCCAUGUAUUGUAGAGACCCCUCUACAGAGAGUGAUUGUGUCCUCCAUGUUGCUGCACGAGGAACCACAUGCGGCAAUAAACAGUGGUGUAUGGACGGUCAUUGUGUGUAUUCCCCAAAAGCCCCGGACAAACAAGGACCAUGUCUUCUUGGUGAUCAGCCCGGGGCAGCAUUUAAUUCUAUGACAUGCGAACAGUUGAUAGCCAAAUCUUCAUCUUACUGCUACCAGGAGAAAGUCAGAUCCAGAUGUUGUAACUCUUGCUGGUCAAAGUUUACUUACAAGAAAGGCUGCGAGUAUGGUAACAGAAUACAAGGAUGUCGGUCUUGGCAUUGCUCACAUUUUUUCGAAUCACGUGAUAUACAGACAGAGUGCUGUGGAACUUGCAACAUAGGUGAAGUGAUAACGUCUACGGACACUCAGGCACAAUUACCAAUAGAAGAACACCGUCCUGUCACAACGGCCAAAUGGAAUUCACAUACAUGCACAGAUUCAUCUGCAUUUUCAUGUCCGGAUUAUAUUAGGUCACGUGGUUCGUUUGUUUGCUACAGUAACGUUACCUCUGCUAAGUGUUGUCAAAGCUGCAAGAUGAUUAAAUCGCAGACUGAGGGCUGCGAUUAUGGUGACAAAGUUCCCUCCCUUUGUGCUGAAAUGAAGACUGUUACGGAGUUGGAUUGUGAUGUGUAUGGCACGCUGUGUUGCAAAUCUUGUAUUAGAAAAAUCAAGACGUUGUCAUCUUGUAGUAAUUGUUUAUACUCACUAAAUGUACUUUUUAUUAAUUUUAUUUUGAUUCUAGUUUUCAAAGAUCCUUGACAAUCAUUUGCUUAAAGUUUAAAGUAGACGAUAACGUGCAUUUUCUUUUUUAAUUCUAUGCAUUUAUGCCUUUUAUUUACAGUUUUUGUUAGAGGUACUUUAAUCAUGAUAAUGAUAUGUAUGAUACAUGGCUGCUGGUCGGCGAUAACUUUGCUGUAAAAUUUGUUGUCUUAUAUUAAAAUUGAG